UCGUUUAUCGCUUUGAACCGUUUGUGGGUUUUUUUGCGGGCUGUUCCUUGUAAAUAAAACAAUCACGACAAAAGCAGCAAGGAGCACCGAGACAACAGUUUUUAUGAUAUGUAGCGGGAAGGGAUGAACCCAAAAAGCAAACCACGGCGAUGCCUACACCGCAGGUUCCUCGGUUUUCCUUCCUUGGGGAGGUGAAGUUCUUCCCUCCGCCUCUUCGUGGGCGGUUCCAGGUGGACUGGGGCGGGGGAGGAGUGCAAAUUUCUGCUCAGUCCUCCUCGCGCAAAACAGAGGUUUGAUAGCAGGUUUUCAGAAAGGGAAGGGUGAGGGAGACAUCUUUAAAGAAGCUUGCUCCAGAGCUUCUCUUGCUUCACCGACAGAACCGCCUCUUCGCCGGUCUCGUUCUAGACUCCCACCAGGUUUGCCUGGCAGACGUUAAAAGUCGACAAGGAGGAGGAUUAACUGCUUGUAAAAACCGACACUUUGGAGUUUUGUUUUGUUUUAAAGUCUUUCCUUCCCUCCAAAGGAGGGGAGGGAAGAGUCCUGGCUCGCUUCCGUUGUUUCCUGGAGAGUCGGCGCCUUGAGGCGACUGCCGUUGCCUCUCCUUCCUUCAACCCGGCGGGGAAUCUCGUGUCUUGUGAGCUGAAUGGGCAGCGCGGGGGCUGGCGGAGACCGAUAAAAUGUACUGAGCUCUUCUGCACACAGUUGAGGAGAAAGGCGCGUUUAGGGACAUCGCAAAGCUGUGCCAGGAGGACCUUGCCGGCCCUGUGCCUUGCGAGCCGGCUCCCCAGGCCCGCCAACCCAGAGGACCGCUGGCGCCCAGUAGAAGGAGACGAAGUGAAAUGACUGAGAUUUAUUUCUGAAUAGGAUAAAUGGGCCCUCCAAAUUUUGCUAUGUGACACUGAUAACACUGAAGAUUAACGAGAUUGGUUAAAGUCUAAAUUAACAAAUUAUUACUGAAAACAAAAGAACUGUUGGCACAAUGGACUGGAACACAAGACUACCCCCAAUAUCCAGCUUCCAGACACAGAACUUUCAAAUUCAGGGACCAUAUCUGUCACAGCAAUUUACUGCUGCAGGUUCUCAGGAAAAUGCAUCCAUUCAGAAUCCUUGUACUUACCCUGGAAAUGAUAAAAUCAUGCAGCAACAAUCUGGAACAAAGAACAUCCUUGCAAAUAGACAGUCUUUUCAAAAGGCUAUUCUUCCUAAAACAUCAGUACAUAACACGAGUGUUGGGUCAACCCAGCAUUUACUUAGCAUACCUCCCAUUUCACAUGGAGUACUUUCUGCUGUCGCUGUCCAUGUGGCAUCUGGCAUGACUCAGAAUUCAGUUUUGACAAAGAAUGUGCAUAUUUCUUCCCCUGUAACAUUACGGGGUAAUACUGUAAAUCCUAUGCAAAAUACACCUAAAAAAACAGUUAAUCCGAUUACGGCCUUGGAAAGCUACAGUAAUCAGGCUUUACAGAAUUGUUCUAAUUCUAUGACAACUUCAGUAUAUCAGCACAAUAGUAAAAAUGAUCUAUCUCCAAAAAGACGGCAAACACUGAUGCCCUACUAUCAUGUGAAUGCAUCUGCUGCCUCCCAAGCAGGGCCAUCAGUGCCUCUUAAGCAGCCAUUAAAUCAAUACUUAAAUUCUCAGCAGAACUUUUCAUGCCUGGUUUUCCCUUUAGGACAAAAUACUCAAAGCCAAACAAAUGGCCCAAGUUCAAGCCUGACAGUAGCUACGCAAUCACAACACUAUACUUCUGAUAAAGUAAAUCCUAUACAAUAUGCAGUACCUAAUCAUUAUGACUCUAGAAAUGCAGCCCAGAUCUUUCCUCAAGAUAUAACCCCCCCACCAUAUCCAGUAACUCCUGUACAAAGAAGCCAUGGACAGUUUGUACUGCCACAAACAAUUACAAAUAUAUCACAUGAAAAUGUUCAAAAUCAUCACAGUCCUAUGUCAGAUCAAAGUUAUAAUUCAUAUUCUGCACAGCAUGGUCAGAAACAUCAAUCUGUACCACUCAUUAGAGAAACAAAUGAAGGAGGCAAGGCUGAAUAUAGUGUAAGUGGACAUAGGGGUGAAAACCAGCUUUCUAAUGAAUUGGCCAAGUCAUCAGUUAAAGUUGGAAAGAGCCUUUGUAACAGUGUUCAAACAGAUGCAGCUGUUUCUGCUAAUGAAUCUUUAACACUGCAAACAGGUAGAACCUUGGAAAAAGAAAAUCUAGCUAAUGGUUCAGGAAUUUUUCCUGAGAACUUGAAGGAUAAAGUAACAGCAGAGAGUCUAGCUCUAGAUGCAAAACAACUGCUUGAAAUGAAAAAGAUGCUAUUAAAACUUAAAGUAGACUAUAAGAAAAGAUACAAUAUAUAUAUAUCUUCAAUACAGAACAAGCAGACAACUGACACUUUUGUUCACAAUCAAAAUCCUAACAUCUCACUUCCUCCUUUUAAUACCAAUCAGAAUCCAUCUUUGUCACUGCCACAGGAUGCCGGUCAACCAAUUUUACAUGAUACCACUCAGAAUCAGUCAAUUUCACCUGUAUCCUGCAGUUCUUAUCAAGUCAAAGAUGUCACCUUAUCACCCCUGAGAGCCAAUAAGCACUUGCUUCCAAUUCUAAAGAAUAUGCUUGAAGGCACUAUUGAUGAAGAUAUGUUAUAUAAUACUUGCACUGAAAAAGCAGAGAUGCAUCAAAAUAGACAUUUGGCUGUCAAAGAGAAUUCAUCUAGUGCUCCCUUGCCUUCCAUUCGUGAUGCAUCUGAAAAUCCUCUGAAUAAUAUUACUGGACCUUCUAGGCUGAGCUCCACAACUUCUAUAAUUGAUUCAACUCAAGAGCCUUUGAUAUGCACAAACAAUGGUCUAGGCUAUGAACAAAAUUCUAGAUCUGCCAACAAUCCGUUGGAGAAAAUAUCAACAGAAUCUGGGGCGUUGUUUCAUCAUUUUAAAUUAAAACGAAAUAAGGGGACAGUAGAAAGUGUUGGCCAGAAUUUUGAUGGCAGUCUUCAGAGUUCAGUUCAGAACCCAGCUGCCUUAAAUGGAUCAUUCCUGUCAAGGAAAGAAGUAGUAAAAGAGUUCAGUGAACAGUCCCAGUGUUCUGCAUCUGCAUACCCUGGGUUGAUUCAGCAGACAAAUACCUGUCUUCAAAAACCUGAAGGAAACAUAACUGGGAGCAGUGAAAAUGGCUCCGAUUCAUGUAGUUCAGCCUUUUUACCUGAAACAGCUGUACAAGAAGCAGGCAUAAUCCAAAAGCCUUCAAUUGCUAGAACUUGUUCUUGGGAGGAGCUAAAAACAAGUCUUGCUUUGUGGCGUAAGAAACUUCCAGCAUCUUUUAUUGGACAGUUAAGUAAAAGUACAGAAUCGGCUAUGGGUUUGUCCUCAUCAGGUAAUGGAGUAGAUGGCAAAACAACACAACAAACCAUGGAAAACCUCCCCAGUACAUUAAUUCAGAAUGACCAAAUUAAAAUUGAAUCAAAUGAAACAACUUUGUCUCCUGCACCUUCCUUCUUGGAAAAAAGGCAUGAUGCCAUAAGUUCCAAUUUGUUAAAGAGUUCUGAGCCCCAAGUAGCCAUCGUUACUCCCUUAAUAAUGACAAAAGAGAAUAAUAAAGAUGAAGUGCAGAAAAAGAGUCCAUCUCUGUUGGAAAUAAUGUAUCCAAUUAUUGAAGAAGGCAGUGUUUAUAGUUUACAAGAACAUAUUUCUGUAGUACCAGAUGCUGAUGAAGGGGGAGGAGUGACCGUUCGUUCACCAUCAGACACUGGUAUUACUGUUAAGAAAGUAGAUUCAGAUAUGCACCGGAAAGUUACCACAUCCAAGGAGGAAAGCAUGACAGUGAAAGCUGAAAUGAAUGCGGAUUGCUUAAGGUCAGUUCCUCAGAAAGAGGUAGAAUCUCAUAAAAGGGGUUUGGAUUUGCUAGAACCAGGAGAUACUGCUGCAGCUGUGCCGAAUGACACUGUGUUAGAGAUAUCCAGUGUGUGUACUCUUGUACAAGGUGAUGCAUUUUAUAAUUCACAAAUAGCUAGUAUCUUUAAUACUAGUCCUUUGAAAUCUAGUAUGAAAAAUGACACUUCUUCAGAAGAACAUAUGCCAUAUCAUCAACAUAAGGAGCAAGAAUCUGGCCUUUUGAAAAGGGAAUGUGAAAUAAACAUGGGUGCUUCAGCUGUUUCCUUGCCAUCAGAAGACAGUUUAUCAAAUGCAACCACAGAAAAGCUGCUAGAAGAUUUGUCAAGUUUAGGGAUGCCUCAGAGUGGGAAGAGUUCAGAUAAGAUAAAAGUAAGUGCUUCUGAGGAAGCAAAAAGCAAUCACAUGUGUGAAGGUACUUCUCUUUCAGGAGAGAAACGUUCGCAAAAUGUGUCUUAUGUUGGUAUUCACAGUGCAGACUUGGCCAGUGAUAUCGAGGCACUACCUAUAAAUAAGGAAAACCUAUUCAGGAGUAGUAUCACACAUGAAGCAUGCACUAUUAAAAAAGACAGUGUCCCAGGGUAUAUACCAACUGAAGAGAUUCAAGCAUAUUCUGGAAACAACGUUGAAGCUCCUGUAAUAUCACUAAACAAUCAACUGACUGAACUCUCAGAAGAAUUUCCUUAUGGAAUAGGUGAUUCAAAGGGUUUUAAAAAAGCAGAAAGUAAUGAUUCUAUGACUAAACCGAAUAGGAAAGAAGAUGAAGAAAAUACUCAGAUUUGUGAGGAAACUCCCACACAAAUUAAAAUUGAGAUAUUAAAUUCUCAACAGAUGAAAGAAAUGUUUCCUGGGCAUAGUCAGUCAUCCUCUAACAUACCAAAAAACUGUGAAGAUGACCUGCUUAUAUCAGAUAUUAAAGAUAACUUGAGAGAAGAGAAGAGAAACCAUUCUCAAACAGAUCAGGCUGUACAUUAUGACAGCAGAAACACCACAGCAGAAACAGACGGAAAGCAUACAUACUGCUGUUUACGUGGCUGGCUAGCUUCAGGAUAUGAAAUGAAGCCUUGUUUAUGCACACUGCCUGAAGACAUUGCCUCAGAGCAGAAAGUGGGUGUUUGUUCACAGUCUGAAAGUAUAUUUAAAGACUGGGUAAAGGCCAGUGGAAAUGAUAAGGCUGACUGUAGACCAAAUGAUCAACUAAAAACUUCUACAUUACAUCCAGUUAGCAACAGUGUACUUUUAGAAGAUCAAAGCAACAAAAUACUGAAUAAAACCUUUGGUCGUACAAAAACUGAUCAAGUAAACAAAUGUAAGCCAUCUAAAAUAGAUCCAGAAAUUGUUCCACUUCCACUUUUAGAAAAAAUAGACUCUCAAAAACCGAAAAGAACUAACAAGCAGGCGAUGGAAGAGUUGUCCCUGCAUGCAGCUUCUCAUACUUUGAAGUCAGAAACAGUUGAAAUUAAAAUACAUUACCAGUCAUGUGGAAGAGAGAAUUUCUCUGCAGAGCAAGCACAGUGCAAUUCAAGUAUCAAAGACUUAAACGUGCUGGCUGCUAGAACUCUCUCUAGGACAGACUCCUGUAUCAAACAGAGAACUCUGAGAGAGAGACUUGUUGCAAAAUCAAAGGCAGAUUCUCGAAAGAGAAGAAUAGAAAUAAAACACAGUGCAUGCUAUGAAAGAUAUAAAAUUAAACGGGACUCCAGUGAAACACAUAUGAUUAAGGGCCCUACAUUGAAUAAGGGUCUGACGAGAAAAAUGGCAGUGGAAAGAAAGCACAAAACUUUGGGAAUCCAGCAUAGUGAUGCCAUAAACCCCUCAGAUUUAAGCAGUGUUAAAAUUAACUCUCAGCAUAAAUCUAUCCAGCAUUCACAAGAACAUUUAAACAGAAAGUGGAAAAAAAUAGAUUUUGAGAAAAAUUAUGGAUACAAGUCAGUAGUAAAAAAUAAUGAACCAAGUCAUUCUGAGCAUACUCAACACAAUAAAGAAAGUAGUAAAAGGAUAAAUUUGGGAGUAAACCUGGAGAAAUAUGCCUAUUCAAAAGAAAAGAAAAAUGCAGGGCAGUGCAGAAGUUCUCAUUUAGAAACCCCACAAAAACCCAGGGGGCAUGCUUCUAAUAUACUUAAAACUCCAUCUCCAGGCAAAGGAGCUGUACUAGAUACUCAUAAAAGAGACAAGUGGCCCGAGAGAUCUCUUUCUGAUAAAAAAACAUGUUUUCACAGAAGAGCUGGUAAACUGUCAAUUUCUCUUCAAAGGGAACAAAAGAAAAACUAUUUGAACAGAGUUGCAUUCAAAAGGACUACACAGAAAAUUAUUUGUUUGACGAACCUAGAAUCAAAUUCAUGGCAUGUGAAAUCAAGUAGUAUUUCAGCAUUGUCUGAAGACCAACAAAACGGUAGCCUGCCCUCUCAGCAACCGGAAGUGGAAAAACGACAAAUGCUUGAGUUCAAAAUGUGCCCAGAGAUACUGUUUGGGAAAUCAGUCUCAGAAGAACCAAUUUCAGAUGCAAAGAAGCUUCCCGAAAACGAUAGAACCCCUAUCACAGCUGUCAAAAGUAAAAGAGAAGACUGGUUAAAUUACAGUUCUGUAAAGAGAAGAAAAACUGAAGACAAUGAAGCUCCAGUUAAUGAUGACAUUCCGCUUGCUGCUGCGAUAAAAUUAUUGGAUGAACCUGUGAAGGAUUCCAAUGCCACAUUUCAGACCUACAGGAAAAUGCAUCUGGAAAAAAAAAGCCGAAGUCUGGAUAGCACUCCUUUAAACUAAAUGUCAUAAAUAUGAACAAUAUUGUAUUUCAUGGAUUUGGCCAUACAAUGAAAUGUGACUGAAAGAUAUGGGCACUAUAGAGCUCAAUUCUUGAACAUUAUGGUCUGUGUUGGGUUUAGGAAAACAUUCAAAAUUGGUUUUCCCAAAAAGUUUACAAGUAAUUUAACACCUGAAUAUGACACAUUUUUGCAGUUAAUAGUCCUCCAUAUCCUGUCUAAUGUAUGACAGCACUGCUAGUGCAGAAAGAAGCCAAUGGUUUUCAACUCUUUUUACCUAGGCAUUUUAAAGAGACAGAGUAGUUUUGUUUUUAACUUGGGGACAUAGUCAAAAUGUGAACAAAAGCAGGUAAGCCUUGAGUUGUGUGUCAGGGAGCACUGCAAACUAUGUAUGCUGCUAUCCAGUUUAGCUGGAACAUUAGAAACAUACCAGAAAGUUACAUAUUUACUUCAUUUGUGAUUUCUCUUAUUUGUGUUUGUUGCUUUUGGGAUGUGAAUUUUUCUUCCAGUUAAAAGGCAGAAAGGCUAUUAGUAGAUAUCACCACUUGGAUUGAAAUAGCAUUGUAUUUGAAAACCCAGUUUGCAUUUUGAGCAAAACUUUCUGACGGUGAAGAUUCCAUUUGGAUUCAUCAGCCAGUUAACGUAUACAUAUCCCUCUGUAAGCUAUAUUAGCUAAGGGUUGUAUCCAACAGUGUCACUCAGCUGACUUUAAAGCUUCCAUCAACAGUGAUUAUCCCUCCUCUUUCAUCCCCUUUGUCUUCCUAAAUCUACUCUGGAGGUUCCCAUGCUCUUUAAGUGGAAAUGGAAAUAGCUGUAAAUUAUUUACUUUCCUAUUGCACUGAUGAAAACCUUAUUGUGAUUACUGUUGAAUACAACCCAGUAUAAUUCCAAAUUACAUGCCUUAGGGAACUACUCCAAUGUUGAAUGUUCAUUUUUAAGUGCCUUCUGUAUUAUUUGAUAUAUUUGAUGAUAUUUUGUAACAUUCUGUCAUUUAUAGAUUGGGUUUUUUAAUGUUUUGUUUAAUGUUUAUACUCAGUGGUAUUCUUAAUGGAAUUAAAAGCAUACAUAUUUUGGCAA